AGACCACGACAGGCCUGUCUGCCGGCAAGGGCGGUGACAGAAAAGGAGGCAUGCAGUGUGCCUUCAGAUUGUGGCCGGGUUGCAGGGGCUGCUGGACCCAUGGGUGUGGCAGGGGUUGGCGAAAGCGCGUGGGCGGCUUGCUUGGUGCCCGCACCCCCUGACAACGCUACUCGUCUUAUCAGAAUAGUCCAUAACCGCGCGCGCUCUCCUGCCGUCCUUUUUUUUGGUCCUGUGGAAGAACUAUUCUCAGCUGUCGAAAUUUCUGACUACGUUCCUCGCUGGCCUCAAAUCACGCCUUGUCGACUGCCCGAAAUCAUCGCUACCUUCUGCAGGUAUCUCUUCUCCCUGUCGGGAGCGCUGGUAAUGUUCAACGUGGUCCCAUGCUAUGCUCUGGACGGUCAGGGCAUCUUUAAGUCGCUACUAGACCUGGCGCUUCCAUCGUGCGUGUGCUCGCGGCAGAUUCGACGCCUUAUCUUCUCCACUGCAUUAUGGAUGGGCACCGGUUUGGUUUUUCUCAAUAUCGCCCUUGCUCUCUAUUGCCUCCUCCUGUAG